UUGUGGGUAACGCGGGGCCGCCAGGUGACAGCUAAUGGCGGCGGCCGCCUGAGGCGGGCGGGCGGUAGAGCAGGCGGCAGGAGGCGAGCGGCGAAACCUUCCCGGCCGCCGCUCCUGUCCCGACGGCGGCUUCCCCAAGGCGGCAGGACUCGGCGCGCCAUGGACAGGCCGGCGGCGGCGGCGGCGGCGGCGGCGGCGGCGGGCUGCGAGGGCGGCGGGGGCCCGAACCCGGGGCCGGCGGGCGGCAGGAGGCCUCCUCGGACCGCGGGGGGCGCCGCCGCCGGCUCCCGGCAGCCCAGCGUGGAGACCCUGGACAGUCCUACAGGAUCACAUGUUGAAUGGUGUAAACAGCUUAUAGCUGCUACAAUUUCUAGUCAGAUUUCAGGUUCAGUGACAUCAGAAAAUGUAUCCAGAGAUUACAAGGCUCUAAGGGAUGGAAAUAAGCUGGCACAGAUGGAAGAGGCUCCACUUUUUCCAGGAGAAUCAAUUAAAGCCAUUGUGAAAGAUGUCAUGUAUAUCUGUCCAGUUAUGGGAGCAGUGAGUGGAACCCUGACAGUGACGGACUUUAAGCUGUACUUCAAAAAUGUCGAGAGGGACCCACAUUUUAUCCUUGAUGUUCCCCUUGGAGUGAUCAGCAGAGUUGAGAAGAUUGGAGCACAGAGCCAUGGAGACAAUUCCUGUGGUAUAGAGAUAGUGUGCAAGGAUAUGAGGAACUUGCGGCUUGCUUAUAAACAGGAAGAACAGAGUAAACUAGGGAUAUUUGAAAACCUCAACAAACAUGCAUUUCCUCUUUCUAAUGGACAGGCACUAUUUGCAUUCAGCUAUAAAGAAAAAUUUCCAAUUAAUGGCUGGAAAGUUUAUGAUCCAGUAUCUGAAUAUAAGAGGCAGGGUUUGCCAAAUGAGAGUUGGAAAAUAUCCAAAAUAAACAGUAAUUAUGAGUUCUGUGACACCUACCCUGCCAUCAUUGUUGUGCCAACUAGUGUAAAAGACGAUGACCUUUCAAAAGUGGCAGCUUUUCGAGCAAAAGGCAGAGUCCCUGUAAGUAAUAAACAUUGUCAUUUAUACAGGAAUAUGUAUUGCGUUAGGUCUAAGAUGGAAAGAUUUAAGACAAGAAUUCAGACAAAGGGUGGAGGAUAUGAAAGUGAAAGUGCUUACCCAAACGCAGAACUUGUGUUCUUGGAGAUCCACAACAUUCAUGUCAUGCGAGAGUCACUACGCAAAUUAAAAGAGAUUGUGUACCCUUCAAUCGAUGAGGCACGGUGGCUCUCCAAUGUGGAUGGGACGCAUUGGCUGGAAUAUAUAAGGAUGCUGCUUGCUGGGGCAGUAAGAAUUGCUGAUAAAAUAGAAUCCGGGAAAACAUCUGUGGUGGUGCAUUGCAGCGAUGGUUGGGACCGAACAGCCCAGCUCACAUCUCUGGCUAUGCUAAUGUUGGACAGUUACUACAGGACCAUUAAAGGAUUUGAAACUCUCGUAGAAAAGGAGUGGAUAAGCUUUGGACACAGGUUUGCACUGCGAGUGGGCCAUGGUAAUGACAACCAUGCUGAUGCUGACCGAUCUCCUAUAUUUCUGCAGUUUAUUGAUUGUGUUUGGCAAAUGACAAGACAGUUUCCUUCAGCAUUCGAGUUUAAUGAGCUAUUCUUGAUUACAAUUUUGGAUCACCUUUAUAGCUGUCUUUUUGGGACCUUUUUGUGCAACUGUGAACAGCAGCGAUUCAAAGACGAUGUAUAUACAAAGACGAUAUCUUUAUGGUCGUAUAUCAAUAGCCAGCUAGAUGAGUUUUCUAAUCCCUUCUUUGUGAAUUAUGAAAACCAUGUGUUAUAUCCUGUUGCUAGUCUGAGUCAUUUGGAAUUGUGGGUAAACUAUUAUGUACGAUGGAAUCCACGGAAGAGACCUCAGAUGCCCAUUCACCAGAAUCUCAAGGAGCUGCUGGCCGUCAGGGCGGAGCUGCAGAAGCGUGUGGAGGGCCUACAGCGGGAGGUGGCCACACGUGCUGUCUCAUCCUCAUCUGAGCGGGGCUCCUCGCCCUCCCACUCCGCCACCUCCGUCCACACCUCAGUCUGACGAGCGAGGCCAGCCUGCUGCCCCACUGUCUGCCAGCGGCUCAGGAAAGGGGCCUGGCCAUCACCGUUAUGGCUGUAGCUUGUGAUCUUGUCUUUUAGGAUUAGGCCCAGGGACCAUUUGUGUGGCUAGGUGACAGCUCCCACUGUUGGCAAGUGCUUUUUGUUUUGUGAACAGCCCGUUACCCUCCUGUCAGCGGUUUCACAGGGGAGCCGUCUGUCACGUCCACCCUGUGAAGCAACUUCUAGCGUCCAGGCAGCUUGGGAGAAACUAAGUGAAUGGAUUGCAGUACUGAGGUUCAAGAAAGCUGUGCGCCAUUUCUUUCCAAGUUAAAUCCUUCAGUAACAACAAACACCAUUCACUUCAAGACGCAUUGCCAGCCCCAUGGCUUCCCUCAGCUCUUGGCCACAACUUGAAAACUGUUUUGAAUGAAGUACUUGGGGAGAAGACAGACCACUGCCCUCUGUUCCACAGUUCUCUUCAUGCACGGGGUCCUCCUGUAACAAUUACUGUUGUGUACAUACAAGGUAUUUUUAGAGAAGAGAAACAGGCCUUUAUUUUCCUAUGUCCUUUUUUACGUUUAGAAUAGUCACCUGAGGAGAGAUCAGCUCAACUGUACUGUGGGAGAAAUUAUUUUCCAACAAACCUCAUGCUCAUUUUUCUGUGGUGCAUUUGAAAUGGGAUUUGAACAUGGUCAUUUCAAGGACAACGUGUUCUGUCCUCACCUCACUCUGGUACUCACCUCUUGGGGCGGCUCAGACCAUUCAUGGGGACAGCACCAAGCGGCCAUGCUCAGUCUUCCAGCCCCGCUGAGGGUAAACCGAAGCCUCUGGCAGCUGUGCACAGGUGCUGGCCUCUCGCUCCUUCAAGGAGCGCUGCCUGUCACUCGCUCCUGGGCUGUCUGGCCAUGCUUCCCACCACCACUUUACCGCUGCCAGCUGCCAGGAUCAAAGCAAGUCUGCUCUUAUGUUAUUUGCCUGUAUGGAAUCAUUUCUCAUUUUAUCACAGUUCCUUCAACUCAGCUUACUCACAUGGCUGCCUGUUAAUAUUUGAAAGCAGCCACUGUGCUGUGGCUUUGGUUUGGAAAAGCAUAGCACGCACUUCCCUUGGUUUUCCCUUCCCAGAGCCGACCACAGCUGGUCAGCCCUCUUCCCGCUCCUGAACCUUUACUGACUGACUGUGAGCUCUGUGACUCCAUCAGUCCUCGCAGGAAUUAAUUUACCACCCAUUGAUUCAAUCCACUUGCGCGCCAUAGCUCUGAGCUCCUCUGUGUGACAUGCCACAGAUGAUUAUUGCACACCUGGGUCCUGCCCCAGCAGGCCAUGCCCCUCCCUCAUGCUGUGCCCGUUGCUGCAACUUCCCACCACGGGCUGCAGGAAUUCAGCCUUUAGAGGCAGAGGCGGCUGCAGCGGCUCCUAAGGUCAAACCCCAGCGUGACUGCAUAACAGUGUUAGCUGGCUGUUUUCAAAUUACUGGAUUCCAGGCAAAGUCCUACAAAUUGACCUUAUUUUUGAAAAUAUGUUAAGGGUUUUUUUAAUAGAGAAUGGAUUUUUUUUUUUAAAAAAAAAACUGGGAACCUCCUGAUUCUUACUGAAAAUUAUCCUUCUAUAAGAUAGCAGAGAGAUUUAUUCAAGGUAAUUUGAUAACCUAAAAUCAAUUCUCCAUUUUUAUCACAUGUGGGAUUUGUUGCUAAAUCAUAUUCGACAUUAGCUUUUAUGUUCCUAACAUAUCUGAACGUUAUUUAUGAAUGGAUAAACUGGAUUAUAGAUAUACUGAUUUUUUUUUUAAUGGGGACAUUUCCCAUUUUCUUCCCAGACAUAUGUAAUCCCCUGGCUGACCAGGACUAUUAAACAUAGUGUGGACUGGAUGAUGCCUUCGACAAACCAGAGAAGCCAAGUUGUGGGGAGCUGGUGCCUGGAGUGGGCCCUGUGCACCUCACCUGGCGGAGGCUGGGGGGCUCCGUCAGCAGGACCCUACAGACUCCUAUUCCAUUUUAAAGAAGCACAAUGGGUCAUUUCCCUUUGUAUGUUCCUAGUGCAGAACUGUUUCUAAAACAUCUUGAAGUAUAGUUUUGUUAUCCAAGCAAUUUUUGUUUUAUGUGUACUAGAAUGCGAAACCUUUAUGGUUCAGGUUUUUAAAAACUGGUACAGUAUUGUAUUUGUCUCAUCUGUUGCACUGUAUUUCAAUCUGUAAUUAAAAUGAUCUUAUGUUUG